AUGCCUAUCUCACUGCGAACGGGUGCCUUGAUAGAUGAGUUGAUAGCUGCUGUCGCAAAGACCUCAAAUAAGAACUUGCCUUCUUACAAAACGUUGAAAGCGGGCAUCGAGAAGAAAAUCAAGGAUGACUCUUCUAUGAGAACGGAUAAAUUUCAAGUUACGAAAAGUCUUGAUGGUCUAGUAGAGAAGUUUCAGGUCGUCGGAAACGAUGAGUUGGCAGAUGCACUACACCAAAGAUUAGAAGAACUGGGCCAAAUACGUUUCAAUUUGGCCCCUGACAUUCUUUCCCUUCUGCUGCAGCUCUCAGAUAACCCUGCCACUCUCUCGGACCCAAAGAAGGCGGAAGGCUUUUUACAACCAAAAGCACCCAAGGUCUUAACAUGGGCUGAUCUCGAUGAUCCAGAAACUACGGAGCCAGAGGGCCUAUGGAAUAAUAUUGAUUACGCCGCCGAGUCUUCUGAUGACGACGACAUAUCGUUAGCAUCAAGCGAUGUUUCGAUUCCAAAAAUCGUGCCACAUAGCUCAACAAUCCCCUUGGAUGAGUUUAAUCCACCUGAUGAAUUAUUUAUCGACGUGGAGGACGACACUUUAAUCGCUUCAAUUAUCGAAUCUCAGGCUCGGACAGAGAGAGGCGAUGCUGAGAUUUCAUACUUGACCGAGCUUCAAACCAUCAAAGAUGCCAUAUCUAUGCUGCGCGGCCUACCGACGACUACAUUCUUAACGACUAAUGACAAGGUUGUCGCCAACCGUAGCUCUUCCAUGCGCCAUACGUCACGAGAUGCAUUUCAAGAGUUGGCGAAGUCAUUCAGUCGUAUAGGCUCCUCUACCCAGGCCCUUAGGACGUUUUUGAAGCGCCCACAGGUAGUGCCAUUUAUGCAAACGUUUCAGAAAGAAGUGGAAACAUUGAUCUCGGAUUUCGACAAAUACCUCUCCGAAGAACAGUCACAUUACCUCUACCAACCUACCCCCCUCUCCGUCAGUCUUCUGCAUCUACUCUUCAAGGUCCAGAAACGCGUGCAAGUGCUGCUUGAACUUGCCAGCCUUGUCAGAAAGCUAGAUGAAAAUCCUAGUCAUGAAAAUUUCCGUUGUCUGGAUUUGUUAUAUGACCUAGUGUGCGAAAAACAAGCUACUGGCGAAGAUAGUCAAUAUCGGGACGUCUCGAAGCUCUUUUUCACUUGUUUUGAAAGCUACACGAGACCCAUUCGACGUUGGAUGGUAACGGGAGAGUUGGAUUUAACCCAGAACUCAGCCUUUUUCGUCACUGCUUCAUCUAGCUCGCGCGAUGACCUGCGGACGCUAUGGCAUGACUGGUUUAUUUUACAUCAGCGCUCCGGGCGUCUCUAUGCACCAAAAUUCCUUCACCCUUCAUCUAGGAAGAUUUUCACGACUGGAAAAAGUCUAGUCUUUCUACGCCAUCUUGGAGUUGACCCCAUGACUUCCAGUUUAGUCGAUGCACCGUCUCUGCACUACGAGGAUAUCUGUCCGUCAGACCAGUCAUUGUCAUUAUUUCCCUUCGCUGGUCAGCUGGAGGCAGCUUUCAAUCGACUUGUUGAUAUCAACCAUAACUUUGCGUCUUCCCUGCUGAAAUCAGAACUUGAUGAGAAGUGUGGCUUAUGGCAGGCAUUGGAUGCUCUAGAGUACUUAUAUCUAGGCAAGGACUACGGUAGAUAUUCUGCAACGGACUACAGGUUAUUCGAUUUAAUCGAUAGGGGCAGCCAGUCUUGGAAUGAUCGGUUCCUCGUCACAGAGCUCCUUCGACAGGCUUUUAGCUCCUUGCCAUGCAUUGAUGUCACACGGCUGAUUGGGCGGUCAGCAAAAAUACCAUUCGACGUGUUUGAAAAGCAUAAUCGAUCUGUCCAAAUUUUGAAGGUUAUAUCCGUUGAUUACACAUUACCCUGGCCCGUUGCAAACAUCGUCACUAAGGAAUCUAUUCUUAUCUACAAACGUAUCUCGUUAUUACUCAUGCAAAUCCGCAGAGGAAAAUAUAUUCUGGAAAAGCGCUGGUUUACAAAGCCACAUCUAUCCCUGGGCGAGGAAGAAGAGAGAGCUGACCAUGUCCUAAGCUUUUGCGUUCGACAUCGCUUGCUGUGGUUUUUGAAUGUUCUCUAUCAUCAUUUUACAGAGGUGAUCAUUGCUCGUUCGACCCGAGAGAUGGUAAAAGCUGCCAAAGAAUCGGCGGACGUCGAUACUAUGAUCGAGAUACAUCAAUCGUACAUCAAGUCCUUGGAGGCACAGUGUCUCCUUAGCAAGGGCCUCGCGCCUAUUCACCGCGCGUUGAUAUCUUUACUGGACUUAUGUAUAUCCUUCUCAGAUACACAAGUUGCCCGCACCCUGGAGUACCAGCAAGAUCAAAACGACCAGACGUUGAGCACAGUACGCCUGGCAAGACUUGCCGGCAAAAGAUCAUCUGAAGAUGAGUCUGGUGACAGCGAAUCUGAUAUGGAAAUAUCUAUGUUUGAGGCUGGCAAUGCCACUAACAUUUCUUUCCAUGACGAGUCCUACCGCAGACGUGUUUUGCACGUAAAAUCGAAGUUUGAUAACUUAUGCGAGUCCAUCAAGGCUGGACUGAGGGUCGAUCAUGGCGACUACUCACAGAGUAUGGAAAUUUUAGCUGAUAGCCUCGAAUGGGGCUAA